CCGUAGCAAAGACAAAUAUAUACAAUUGAAAUUUAAGGUUAGGUUGUAGGAUUGUAAAAUCUUGGACGUGAUUGGUUGUGACAUUGCAAUACGACGUGCAUGUGUAAACACUGUAAGCGUGUGCGUUCAAACCGUUCAAACUGUAAAAUGCUGUAAAGCGAGCACAUGUGUCAUUUCCAAAAGUUUAUUAUAAAUAAUAUCAAAACAGUUGUAAAUAAAUACACACGAUGGCGGAAUUUGUGGAGAAACGAUGUGAGGAAAUGAUUCCUGAACUGGAGCAGAUGGAGAGGAUAAAAUUAUUUGACAAAAUAGAAACCAGAAAUAUAUUGAAGAAACGAAAAGAUUAUGAAUACAAACUAGAGAGGCACUCAAAGUGCAGAGAGGAUUUCCUGAAAUAUAUAGGCCACGAAACCACUCUUUUGGGACUUAUCAAACAACGCAGAUAUAAAUCAGGAAUCACUCAAAAGAAAUCAGCCAUAGAUUAUGCCAUUAAAAACAGAGUAAUUCGAUUAUACAAAAAGGCAAUAUUUAGAUUUACUGAUGAUAAUCAAUUUUUGAUUAAUUACUUGAAGUUUUGCAAGGAAUUUGGAUUUAAGAACUGCGGAAGUCGCAUGCUUAAUAGGAUAUUGCAGAUUCAUCGCGAAGAUAAAUUCUGGCACAUCGCUGUACGAUGGGAAAUAGAAGAAGCCAAAAAUUUUGAAAAUGCAAGAACACUAUUAUUACGUGGUUUGUACCUCCAUCCAACGUCAACAUUACUCUAUUUAGAUAUGUACAAACUAGAGUUGGAACUCGUAGUCUCAAGGAUUAAAACUGCCGGUAAGAAUAAAAAACCAACAAAUUUACCCGCGGAUUGUGGAGAAAUAUCAAAUCAAUUUAUAAAAGUCGAAAUUAUAUACGAGGAAGCUGUUGAAAAAGUAAAUGAUGUCAGGAUUAUGAUCGACUUACUAAAUACGACGCAACGUUAUGAAAACACAGAAGCAUUGCAGAAAAAAAUCAUGAAUGACAUGAUAAACAAAUACGAGAAAGAACCGCUUGUGUGGGAUACAAUGGCCCGUCGUGAAUUGAAAGGUUUGCCAAGUCCAUACAGUAAUGAUACCGCAGUCGAGGUUAGCUGCACAGAACAAAAAUCAGUGAGAGACCGUAUAGCUUCUUGCAAUGAAGUAUACCUGAGAGCUGUUGAAACAUUGAAAAGUGAAGAAAUGUGGUCUCUUUACAUUGAUUGCCUCUUAGAAAUCAAUCAAAAAGGCAAAUCAUUGCCAAACUUCAAAAGAAAAUUGUUGAAGACUGCUUUAUUUCAAGGCCAUCAGGCCAAACUAUUGACAGAACAAUAUUACUUGUACUGGAUGGGGAUGUUGAAUACGGAUGGAAAAGAUGAGGUUUCGCAGAAAAAAUUGGCUGAAGUUUUACGCUGGGCAACUGAAGCUUUACCAAAUAGCGAAAAACUGUGGCAUUCGAGAUUCAGUUAUCACUUGAGAACCGAUCCUGACGAUUCUGCAUCCGAAAUAUUAGUACAGGCUACAAAAUUACUAGGAGAGAAGUCCUUAUCUGUGUGGAGAAUGAAGUUGCGACACGUCCAAGCAAAAAAUCCGGAAAAAACUGAACAAGUUUUCCAAUCGGCGUUAUAUGCUCCUCAAAAUAUAGCACAGGAAAUGAAGAUUGCUUACUUGGAAUGGGCUGUGGAGAAUAAAGAUAUCGACGAGAUACGGAAAAUCUACAAGAACAUGUACUUGUUACCGCCUUUUAGCUUAGAGUUCCACAAGAAAAUGAUAGAAAUUGAGAUGAUGCAGCCUGAAAUAGUUUUAAAGAAGGUGCGGGAGUGUUUUGAGAUCGGUAUCUUGCAAUUAGGUAGCACUGAUGUGAAAUUCUGGAUGGAUUUUGUAAAAUUCGAAUUUAAGCAUGGCGAUUGUAUCCAAGCACCAAAGAUAUACUCCAGAGCAGUGAAUGCGCUCACUCCAACGUUGGCAGAUCAAUUUAUCGCCGAGUACAGUAUCUUAAAAACUAAUCCCGAAUGGAUGAACAUUUCCGAUAAGUCGUAAGGUUUUUUAUACCAUUUUCAGGGUAUAUUAAUAAAAAAAAGAUAAUUUUAAA